UAUUAAUUUUCCCUUAAAAGGGGAACAAACUUAGCUUUGGUCUUUCAGUGGCGCUGAAGUGAAGAUGAGCAAGGAAGAUUCAAUUUCGAAAAUGAAGGAUUUUGAUUUAUUGAAUCAAUUCGAACUCAUUUUGGAGUCUGAUCCUCUCAUUGAUGAAGUUGGGUUUAUUCACCCAUCCCAAUUCGCAACACUAAGAAAAGAAGCAGAAAGUACCGAAUCUCAAUCAAUAGAUGGGAUCUUGAGCUCAGAAAUGGUGAAAGCUACUGUCUUGGAUCCUGAAAGUACAAAUUUUUGGAACCGAGAUCAUAAAUUGGGAAUUUCAACUCAUGUGAUUCUUGAAUUGUAUAAGGCCGCCAAAGAUGCAUUUAUGGAGUCUGUUGGACAAUACAGGAGAAUCGACAACAUUUAUACUACAUCUGAGGACUUUUCAUCUCUUGAAAAAGAGGUCAUGAAGCAUAGCAAAGCAAUUUUAUUGUUAAGCUGUGAUUUUGGCACUGCAUGGAAUUCCAGUUCCUUGUAUGAAUCGCUCAGGAAGUCAAUUUUGUCAAAGAAGCAGCACAUUCCAAUGUUUAUUGAUGAACUUCUCUUGUCAGCCCUUGUCCUUUCUUAUUCACCUAAAAGUGAACUGGCUUGGUGCCAUAGGCGGUGGGUGAUCAAGAUGAUUGCUGGAAGAUGCUCAACUAUGCGAGAGAUUAUAGGGAAAGAAUCUGAGCUGGUUGAGCAAAUAGCUGAGCGAUCAAAAAUGAAUUAUCGUGCAUGGAAUCACCGCUGCUGGUUGGUUUCAUACAUGACAAGGGAACAGGUCCUAGUUGAAUUGAAGAAAUCCAGAAAUUGGGCUGGGUUGCAUGUUGCUGACAAUUCUUGCUUCCAUUAUCGUGCUCGACUAAUGCUCAAGAUUUUAGAGGAAUCCUGCCACAAACAAGAAGCUGAAUCCUCUGAUGAGAAUGUUGAAAUUUAUCAAAUCUGGCAGGAGGAGCUUCACUGGAAUGAAGAAUUGAUAAAACAUUACAUAGGCAGAGAGGCUCUGUGGCUCCAUCGUCGGUUCUUAUCCCUAUGCUGGAUAAAGCAUUUUGCACCACUACUUGGUGACGUAACCCACCAAUCUAAGGACAAGUCCUCCAUGGUUGAUGAUGUCAACUUCUUUUGGGAUAAUGAACUGUACCUGGUAAAUUCCUGCUCAACUAUACCUGAUAACAACUAUGAUGAUUUCCAAGCACAAGCAGUGCACUCUGCUACUUACAUAUUAUGGUUAAUAAAGCAGAUCUCCAAACCCUUGGGCAUUGAACUCACAAAGAAGCUAAAUUCCGGAAGCUUCGUCUUGUUGAAUGCGGCUUGUCCUGAAAGAUCAUCACUCUGGAGCACUUUAACUGCAUAUGUGGAAGCCACUAGCCAGCUGUUGAAUGAGGAUAUAUAUUAGUUUUCAAAGAUAUAUUUGUCCAAGGUUUAGUUUGCAAUUAACUUAUACUUUGUAACAUUAUGGUAAAGCGCUAAAAUUAUGUAAGGCAUCAAGUUCUUACAAGAUAGAGUUAGAUCCAGAUGGAGCUAACUUCUUUGUGAGAGGAUCGAAUUUCAGUAGUCCUGACCUCCUAGGACUCCUACAGACUAAUUUUUCAGUUCUCAAUAUGCUUCUCUAGUUGAAUAUAUGUAUUUUACAUAAAAUUUCAGUUCAAUCCGAUUGUGUAAUUUGCAUAUGCUUAGUCCAGCAAUCAGCAAUGAUCAUUUGUCGAAAGCUGAUUGUGAAACGAUGAAUGGAUAAGUUGAAGAUUCAAUAAAUUGUCAAUGAGAUAACAAAA